GCCACACUGACUUUUUCGUUGUGCCGACUUGUUUAAGUUCUAGCAUUUAUUUGUUUUAUGUGGAAUGUCAGCUUACUGGAAGCCCCAGAAGCCAACGAGUGAAAGAUGCGCAUCUGCAUGGUGUCGGACUUCUUUUACCCGAGCAUCGGCGGGGUGGAGGAGCACGUCUACAACCUCUCGCAAAUGUUGCUCACCCAGGGCCACAAGGUCGUGGUGCUGACCCACGCCUACGGGGACUGCAGUGGCGUUCGCUAUGUGACGGGUGGAAUGAAGGUCUACUAUCUGCCCAUCAAGGUGUGCUACAACCAGUGCAUUCUGCCCACUGCCGUCUGCAAUGUGCCCAUGUUGCGGGCGGUGCUCCUCCGGGAGCGUGUGGACGUGGUCCAUGGCCACUCUGCCUUCAGUGCUCUGGCCCACGAGGCGCUGAUGGUGGGCUCCCUGCUGGGCUUAAAGACUGUCUUCACCGAUCACAGCCUAUUUGGCUUCGCGGACCUUUCCGCCGCUCUGACCAACAAUCUGCUGGAGGUCAACUUGGGCAUGGUAAACCACGCCAUCUGUGUUUCCCACAUUGGCAAGGAGAACACUGUUUUACGCGCUCGAGUGGCCAAACAACGUGUUUCCGUCAUUCCCAAUGCUGUGGACACCGCCUUGUUUACCCCUGAUCCUGGACAGCGUCCCAGCAAUGACACAAUUAACAUUGUGGUGGCCUCGCGUCUGGUCUACCGCAAAGGCAUCGAUCUGCUGGCUGGCAUCAUUCCCCGUUUUAAGAACACUCCAAAUGUGAAUUUUAUCAUUGUCGGCGAUGGACCGAAGCGGGAUCUGCUGGAGGAGAUUCGCGAAAAGACCAACAUGCAAGAAAGAGUGGAAAUGGUGGGCGCGGUGGACCAUGCCAAGGUGCGCGAUGUCCUGGUGCGUGGCCACAUUUUCGUGAAUACCUCAUUGACUGAGGCCUACUGCAUGGCCAUCGUUGAGGCUGCUUCCUGUGGCCUACAAGUGGUGUCCACCUGUGUGGGUGGGAUUCCAGAAGUGCUGCCCAAGAGCUUAAUACUACUGGCGGAGCCAGACAUAGAUGCCAUACACGCUGCAAUUUUGUUGGCCAUCGAAAGGCAUCAGAGGAGUUCCUUUAAAGUUAGCCCUCGUGUUGCCAAUGGACACUUGCCGUCGGAGGCUAACGGAAAAGGAAAGCGGCGACGUCGCAAGAAAGUGGAUGCUCCUACCUCACUUCCGCAACUGCCAUCAUCCUCGACUCCUCCCGCGGAUCAGAGUAGCCACACAGAACCAGUGAUGUGUCCCUAUAAAUGUAAUGAACUGGUGGAGACGCUCUACAACUGGGAGGACGUGGCCCUCCGAACGGUCAAGGUAUAUAAUCGGGUUCUACAGGAGCGCUCCUUCACCACCAGUGAGCUGGUGUUUGCUGUGUGGCAGCACGGAUCCUGGUUCCUAGUUUUUUUCGUAGUGGCCCACUUUAUGAUGCGUUUGCUGGAACUUUGGCGACCUCAGAAACGCGUAGAGCUAGCCCAGGAUUUGCAACGUCCGCUCAGCUAGCGAAGAGCAAACGGA